AGAAAGAAAGAUGCAAAGACGAACCAAAGCCAAAGGCAAAGCCAAAAUACACAGCGUCGUAUCCCAAUCGUAAUCGUAUUCGUAUUCGUAUACCAUCCUCAUUGACAAAUACUCUCUCUUCUGUCUCUGUCUCUCUCUCAUCACCUCUCGAAUAGAAGAGAAAAAAGAAGAAGAAGAAAAAAAAAACCAAAGCAGAAAGAAGCGAAGCGAUUACUUGCACUUCCUCUGCAGUAAAACCCUAACCAUCGAUCUCUCUCUUUCUACAAGCUUCGAUCCGAAUUCGCAGAUCCGUUUGCAAGGCUGGCGGGUAUUUGGGUCAAGUAAAUGGCGGAUCCGCCAGGUAUCCGCCGCGGCGUUGUGGAAGUUGUGUUGAUAAGGUUACCGCGCUGUGACGAUUGUUAUAACGAAGAAGAGUGAAGAAGCAUGCUGAGCGUGCUGCGCGUGCACCUUCCCUCUGAAAUUCCCAUUGUAGGCUGCGAACUAACGCCUUACGUGCUUCUUCGCCGCCCCGAUAAGACCGUUUUCACCGAUGAUGUUCCCGAAACCUCCCCCUUAGAUGGACACUUUUUGCGCUAUAAGUGGUAUCGUGUACAGAGUGAUAGAAAAGUUGCCGUCUGUAGCAUACAUCCAUCUGAGCAAGCCACACUGCAGUGCCUAGGUUGUGUUAAGGCCAAAAUACCUGUUUCCAAAAGUUACCAUUGCACCACAAAGUGUUUUUCAGAUGCAUGGCAGCAUCAUCGUGUCUUACAUGACCGUGCUGCAAGUGCUCUUAAUGAAAAUGGAAAUGAGGAGGAGGAGGUAUUUGGGCGUUUUAAUAGUAGUGGGUCUGGGGUAAUCAGUUCCAGUUUAUCUGCCUCUGCAUCAAGUGCUAGCUUGACGAAUGGGUCUGCAACACCUUUGUAUCCAGCAGCUGUCACACAAAGAAGUGGUGAAACUUGGUUUGAAGUUGGACGGUCCAAGACUUAUACCCCUACUGCUGAUGACGUUGGUCAUGUCCUUAAGUUUGAGUGUGUUGUAGUUGAUGCAGAGACAAAACUGCCUGUGGGCCAUGUUAACACUAUACUAACUUCACGUGUCAUUCCUGCGCCCUCACCUAUUCCACGCCGAUCGAUACCUGUUGAAGGGAUGGGGAAUUUAGAUGUGGAUGGGCGAAUGACAUCUUCAGGAACUUUUACUGUUCUAUCAUACAAUAUAUUGUCUGAAGCAUAUGCCUCAAAUGAUCUAUACAAUUACUGCCCUUCAUGGGCUCUUUCUUGGCCAUAUCGCAGGCAAAAUUUGCUACGAGAAAUUGUUGGUUACCGUGCAGACAUUAUUUGUCUUCAGGAGGUUCAAAAUGACCAUUAUGACGAAUUUUUUGCUCCUGAACUGGACAAACAUGGCUACUAUGGUCUUUACAAGAGAAAAACAAAUGAGGUGUACAGUGGAAACAUGAAUACAAUUGAUGGUUGUGCAACAUUCUUCCGUAGAGAUAGAUUUUCACAUGUGAAGAAAUAUGAGGUUGAAUUUAACAAGGCUGCACAGUCGUUGACAGAGGCUACAAUUCCAACCACUCAGAAGAAAACGGCCUUGAAUAGGCUGGUUAAGGAUAAUGUUGCACUAAUUGUGGUUCUAGAAACAAAAGUUAACAAUCAGCCAUUUGAUAAUCCUGGGAAAAGACAGCUUCUUUGUGUGGCAAAUACACAUGUAAAUGUCCCCCAAGAUUUAAAGGAUGUGAAACUCUGGCAGGUGCACACUCUCUUAAAAGGAUUGGAGAAAAUAGCUGCAAGUGCAGACAUUCCCAUGAUUGUUUGUGGAGAUUUUAAUUCAGUUCCAGGAAGUGCUCCUCAUGCACUUCUUGCGAUGGGGAAGGUAGAUCCUUUACAUCCUGAUUUAGCAGUUGACCCGCUUAAUAUUUUACGCCCUCACAGCAAGUUGGUUCAUCAGUUACCACUGGUCAGUGCAUACUCAUCUUUUGCUAGAACAGUUGGCCUUGGAUAUGAGCAGCAUAAAAGGAGACUGGAUGGUGGAACAAAUGAACCUUUAUUCACAAAUGUCACUAGAGAUUUUAUUGGCACUCUAGAUUACAUAUUUUACACUGCGGAUUCAUUGGUUGUGGAGUCUUUAUUGGAGUUAUUGGAUGAGGAGAGUUUGAGAAAGGACACUGCACUUCCUUCACCUGAAUGGUCCUCAGAUCACAUAGCUCUCUUAGCUGCAUUUCAUUGCUGCAAGAAUAAAUCUAGGCGUUGACACUUAAAGUUUCAGAGACACGUAAAGAAAAGGCUGAAAGAAGCAUUUGGUUGGUAAGUUAUUUGUAAGAAUGGUAGAUCAUGCUUGUCUUUUCCAGGUAUCUCCACGUGGAGGAUCCUUGCAAUGAUCUGCUUUGUAUCAUGUCACCUUUAUCUCAUAGAAAAAAUUAUGAUUAUGCCUUAUUGACUUGCCUCUACCCGACUAACCCCCUCCCCUCCCCCCUUCACUUCCUCCCUUUUCCCUCAUUUUAUUUCCUAAUCUUAUCCAAUUUUUUUUUCCUUCUAAAAGGAUUUUCUCAUAGAUGCUUACUGGCUGCAUACAUCCUAUUAAACAACAAAGUCCUUCCCGAUAUAGGGGCCGCUGAGCCUAGGGCUCGAAUUUCUCCCAUAUCUGUAUUGAUAAUCUUCAAAACUUGGGUAAUUUUUUUAUUCUGCUGUCCGUCAGAAACUUUGACAAAUUUGGAAAGGCGUAAGUGAUAAUGAAGUAGGAGAAUUCGACCCAAUACGGAGGCGAGUUGCUUAACAUGGGCAUGAGACUGAACUGUAGCAAUAUAGGCAGAGAUGCUUACUAUUAGUGAUUGUAAAAAAUGGGCAUGACAGGUCAAAUACUUGAUUUUUCUGCUAUCCCGUUUAAAUAUAGUGGCAUCAAAUGAGCAUUCAAUCCAUGUUUUGCUAUAAAACCAUUGGUAUUAUAGUAUGAUAUAAGAGAAACACAGGUUUUUGCAGAAUGAUUUGUUUGGCAGUGUUCUGAUUCCGUUACGCUUUUGACCUGCUUGCUACCGUUGAUCCUAGGAUGCUGAGAACCACUGUAAUUACAAAAGUCAAUUUUAUGUAGAGCUG